AUGAAUAAUUCUACAGACUCUGCUAGUGAUCUUGUAGUGUUGAAAAGUGGAUAUGACUUGCCAGUAAAUGGUUUGGCUAGUGGUUUGUUCUAUUAUCUCCAUAUUCCCGCCAUUUUCUGUAUAUGCUGUAGUUUGUGUUGUGUUGUCAUUACCCUGACUUUGUCAUUUCGAUAUGGGAACUUUAGGACUUUCUUUUCAUGGACUAAAAGCGAACGUUUAAUAGUAUACUUGGCAAUUUGCGACGGCGGAUUCAAUAUUUUUCACAGCAUGGAUCAUUUACACUACGUCAUUACUAAAGACCAUGUACGUCCCAAGGAGCUGUGUGAGUUAUAUGCCUUUUUGCUGGCGGAAUUCGUUGCAUCACAGAACUUGAUAGUUAAUAUUGUAGCAAUUAACGCAUUUACGAUUAUGGUAUUCAAAAAGAAUAUAAAUUUCGGAACAUACGACUGGAGGCUGUUGGUCUGGACAUUCGGACUCCCGUUUAUCGGCGCAACAGCUGUUGCUGUCACCGGACAACUUGGACCUAAUGGAUCAUCCUGCUUUUUUGACGGCGUCAAAGCAAAAACUGCCAACAUCUGUUUCACAACAGUUCCCCUUCUAUUAGUUCUGGUCAUGAACAGUGUCAUGUAUGUUGUAACAUGGAAACGCAUCAGGCAAGAAACAUACUCUUUAAACCAAAUUUUACAGACUCCAAACAUCACAAACAGAUCUCAACGUGCCGCGAAAAAUAUGUCCAUGUUUGUUGUUGCUUUCUUUAUUCAAUGGGGGCCUCUGUCACUGUUCGGAAUCUGGUCACUACUAGAUGCAAAUAUACCGCUGGCAUUGUUUCAUAUUGUUGUAGUGUUAUCUAACAUUGGGGGAUGUUUGAAUCUCUGUGUCUAUAUGAUCAUCAGACGUAGAAAACUGAAAAGUAGACGCAUAGCCAACGAACAUAGACAAACAGACUCCAACGAGAUGAAAAUGUCAAACGUAGCUUCCAAGGGGAAAACAGAGAUAUAAUUGACUUUGUAAACUCGCAAGGAUACAUGAUUAUAUGACAUUCCACAUUUUUAAUUUUGAUUCUAAUAAGUGUGACAUGUGUUUCGUACAUGUAAAUUUUGAAUACAGUUCGUUCAUUUUUUCUUGUACAUUUUGCUUGUAUGAUAAACUAAUGUUUAUAUGGACUAAACGAAAAAUUGUUUUUGUUGCUAAAAUACAA